GGUUCCUUCCAAAUUCAACAAUAUACAAUAUGACCGCCCAAACUAAUGAACGAGAAUUGACAAAUUAGGAAACAAAACGGUGAAACAUCAAAUUACGAAACUUGAAAAACUGAAAAAUUGAUUCAAUCAUCUUCGAUCAAAUUCAAAAAACUUCACAAUUUCACUAAUCACUGACGAGCUUUGUUCAAAAUCAUGUCGCCUUCGAUAUUGACGCCAACACACAAAUAUGCGGCCGGAGCUUUAUUCGGGCUGAGCCUUCACCAGGCCCAGAUUCACCAAACUUGUCCAUUGGGCUUUCCGCCCGACGAUUCUUUAUCGGAGGAACGUAGUAGCAAUGGCAGCAGUAGCGAUUCCGUCUCCGACGACCCUCACCUUUGGGUCCACGAAUCUUCCGCUCUCCUUCGGCCCAUUUUCAAAUUUCUAGAGAUUGACGAAAAGGCAUGGUCAGGACUAGAGGAAACUGCUGCGUCUACACCACCAAAGCAUCAUGUUGGAGCGUUUCUAAGGUUACUGUCUGAAGAAAGUAGUGAUGAUUCUUCAGAAGCAGCAGACAUGGAACUUGCUUUGGCAAAUGGGGUAGAUGCUAUGGUGUCAAGCAUGGAGAGAACUUCUGAUAAUGAGUCUGAGAAGGAGAAGAGGCGUGAAUAUAAGCAUGAAUGUCGGGAGAAGUUAUCGAUUGCUGAUGUGAAGUCCACAUCUGACGUGGAAAAAACGAAUGUUAAAAAUUACCAAGAGAAAAGCCAGAAACCAUCUAGCAUUGCUGGUGCUCAUUUGGAGGCUGUUAGUGGCUCCGAUGAAAAACCUGUCGAAGAGGUAUCAAUGCUUGGGUACUCUAGGAAAGUGACCAUUCUCUAUGAGCUUCUUUCAGCUUGUCUCGCACAAGUACCUGAAGAUGGUAAGCAAUCUACUCGAAGAAGGAAUGGUUAUGAUGCUCGACAUCGUGUGGCUUUACGGUUGCUAACGACUUGGCUUAAUGUCAAAUGGAUCAAAAUGGAAGCCAUUGAGACCAUGGUUGCUUGUUCAGCGAUGGCUUUGCUGAAAGAGGAAGAAUCGAAGGAGGAAAGCCAAUCUCCUGAUAGUUCAUGGGCUAAGUGGAAACGAGGAGGUAUUAUAGGUGCUGCUGCAUUGACUGGUGGAACUUUAAUGGCAAUUACUGGUGGUUUGGCUGCUCCAGCAAUAGCUGCUGGCUUUGGUGCUUUAGCCCCUACCUUGGGGACUCUUAUUCCUGUGAUUGGAGCAAGUGGGUUCGCUGCUGUUGCUACUGCUGCAGGAAGUGUUGCGGGAUCUGUUGCAGUUGCGGCAUCAUUUGGAGCUGCUGGAGCUGGACUUACAGGAACUAAAAUGGCCAGGAGAAUUGGAGAUGUCGAUGAAUUUGAGUUCAAGGCUAUAGGGGAAAACCACAACCAGGGGCGUCUGGCAGUUCAGAUCUUGAUCUCGGGUCUUGUUUUUGAGGAGGAAGAUUUUUUAAGACCUUGGGAAGGUCAAUAUGAUAAUUCUGAGAGGUAUAUAUUGCAGUGGGAAUCUAAGAAUCUUAUUGCUGUAAGCACUGCGAUUCAGGACUGGCUGACGUCAAGAAUUGCAUUGGAGUUGAUGAAGCAAGGCGCUAUGAUGACUGUACUACACACUCUUUUAACAGCAUUGGCUUGGCCUGCAGCUUUACUUACUAUUACUGAUUUUAUAGACAGCACAUGGUCAAUUGCUGUGGACAGAUCUGAUAAAGCAGGAGUACUCCUGGCAGAAGUGUUGAAAAAAGGAUUACAAGGGCACAGGCCUGUGACACUUGUAGGAUUUUCACUAGGGGCAAGAGUUAUUUUUAAAUGUCUCCAGAUUCUGGCUGAGACUGAAAAUAAUUCUGGACUAGUGGAAAGGGUUGUUCUUCUUGGGGCACCCAUUGCAAUUAAAGAUAUGAACUGGGAAGCAGCUAGAAAGGUGGUAGCUGGUAGAUUUGUGAAUGCUUACUCUACAAACGAUUGGAUGCUUGGAGUUGCCUUUCGUGCCAGUCUCCUUACUCAAGGCUUGGCUGGUAUUCAACCAGUUGAGGUUCCUGGUGUUGAAAAUGUUGAUGUAACUGAAUUCAUCGAGGGCCAUUCGUCGUAUCUAUGGGCUACCCAGGAGAUCUUAGAACUACUUGAACUGGAUACGUAUUUUCCGGUUUUUGGUCAGCGUAGUCCUCGUUUGUUUGCACUUAAUCGAGCUCUGAAUUUUAAUCAUUCAGAUCUCAGAUAUUAAGUGCGUUUGUUUUUAAAGUCUGAAUCUUAAUUAAGAUCUAUAAUAAAAAUUUAAUUU